AUCAGACAACCCAAACUAGAAUACGGGGCGGGACUUACAGGUUGCGUUCAAUGUGUUCGGUUGGUUUUCAGCACUAGCAGUGGAUCAUUUUUUAUUUUAUGAACAUUGUCAACAUUAGAGUCUCGGGCUGAUGUCUCUCCGCAAAACUCUAACGUUACCCAGAUUUGGGUUCGCGGCUCGUGACCGAAGUUUUAGAAAUUUGGUGACCUCCACUUGUCGCUAUCAUCAAACCAAAACAAACACACAAGAGGAGUCCGUUAACAGCAGUGAGCAUGACUCCUUCAAUAGCAAGAUCUCCAUCGACUUUGAACUGACCAGAGAAGCCUACAAGAGCAAAGACACUCUUGAGCUGCUGAGAAGCUUGGUCGUUUUCAAACUGUGCUCCUAUGACAUACUGGUCGAUAAGAAUAAAGAGAUAAUAGACCUCAGCAGGAAGCUCUUGGGCCAGAAAAUGUUUGAGCAGUUUAUGAAGAUGACGUUCUACGGUCAGUUUGUGGCAGGCGAGGACCAUCAGUCCAUCAGGCCGGUCGUACAGAAGAACCAGGCGUAUGGAGUGGGAGCUGUGCUGGAUUACAGUGUAGAAGAGGAUCUCUCACAGGAAGAGGCUGAAAGGAAAGAAAUGGAGUGGAAGUUCUGAAGAUGGUUUCUCGGCUAUUAAGAUGACUGCCUUGGGGCGCCCGCAAUUCCUGCUCCAGUUCUCCGAAGUGCUGGUGAAAUGGAGACGCUUUUUCAGUUUCCUUGCUAGCAAGCAGGGGAAAGACGGCAUGGAGGUGCUGGAGCAGAAACUGGAUCUAGAGCAAUUGCAGAUGUGUCUAGCAAGGCUAGGAGCCGAAGGCAACAUUCAGAGCUUCUUCUCUGAUGGACGACUGCACUCAUCAGGCAUUGUGGACAUGCUGGAUUGGAACAGACUGAUAGAUGAAAGAAUGAAGAUAUCUGAUCUACUUGUUGUCCCAAACCUGCAGACCGGUCAGCUGGAGCCUCUUCUAUCCAGGUUUACCGAGGAAGAGGAAAGGCAGAUGAAACGGAUGCUCCAGCGACUGGACGUCUUGGCGAAGCAUGCGGUGGAAAAUGGUGUCAGGCUGAUGGUGGAUGCUGAACAGACGUAUUUCCAGCCUGCGAUCAGCAGACUCACAGUGGAGAUGAAGAGAAGCUUCAACAGAGACAAAGCUGUCGUUUUCAACACCUAUCAGUGCUACCUCAAAGAGGCAUUCGAUAAUGUGUCCAUGGACGUUGAGCUUUCCAGAAGGGAGGGCUGGUGUUUCGCUGCCAAGUUGGUGAGGGGGGCUUACAUGUACCAGGAGAGAAGCCGAGCGGCGGAGAUUGGAUACGAAGACCCCAUCAACCCUGACUACGAAUCCACUAACAGAAUGUACCACAGGUGUCUGGAUUACGUGCUGGAGGAGAUCCAACGCAAUAAGAAAGUGAAUGUCAUGGUGGCGUCGCACAAUCUGGACACGGUUAAACACACACUCAGAAGGAUGAAUGAAAUGGGUCUGCAGCCUACAGAUAAGAAGGUGUGCUUCGGCCAGCUCCUGGGAAUGUGUGACCAAAUCAGCUUUCCGUUAGCUCAGGCCGGGUUUCCGGUGUACAAGUACGUCCCGUAUGGUCCAGUGAACGAGGUGAUCCCCUAUCUGUCCCGUCGAGCACAGGAGAACCGCGGCUUCAUGAAAGGAGUGCAAAUGGAGAGAGAACUGCUGUGGAAAGAGCUGAUGAGGAGACUGAGCAGCGGACAGAUCCUCUACACACCACCUGUAUAAAACACACACUCCUGCUGUUUAUUCCUCUUCACCCAUCCAUUCAUAAAUCUAUUUAUAUUCUCA